AUGAAGGCAACUUGUAAGCUUAUGGACAGCAAUGUUGUGGCUGUAAUAUCAGGAGACGGAUCAGGUAGCAUAGCUGCCCAAGCUGACUUGCUAAAUCCACGAAAUAUCCCACUCUUGUCGAGUGUUGCUACAGACCCUCACCUUAUACGUGGGGUUAGGGAGAAGGUACUUCUACUGUCACCAAAUGAUGGAACACAAGCUCAUGUCAUUCUUGAUAUCCUCAAUUUCUAUAUUUGGCAGGAAGUGAGCAUAAUUGCAUCUGACAGUAGCUAUGGUAUAAACGGGGUAACACAUCUUCAGCAGCUUCUUCUUGAGACACACUCACACCGAGGAAAGAUACACUCAAUUAUAAAGUCCAUUUCAUUCUUUCAUGCAGCCGCAAACCCAGAAGAUAUCGAGAUAGUGCAACAACUAGGCAACAUGAGACGCUCCUUAUCUCGAGUUGUUGUUCUUAACUGUGAAGCACGUUAUGGAAAAGUGGUCCUGAGGGAGGCGCAUCGUAUGAACUUGCUGACUGAUGGGUAUGUGUGGAUUGUUACUGAUGGGAUUACUGGAAAUCCUGAGCAUCUCAAAGAAAAUGGACGAUAUCCAUCGUACCUUGAAGGGCUUAUAGGCAUUUCUCAUGCUCUUUAUACAAAUAGUGAUGAAUUUCGGCAUUUUAAAGACCAUUUUCUGAAAGAAAACCAGAACCUUAAUGUACAUCACAUCACACCGGGACUUGCCAAGUUGUAUGAUACUGUACAAAUUAUUGGGCAAACUUUAAAGAGUUUCAAAGAUAAUGAAACAAUUUCAUUCCCAAAUGCAACAUGUCAAAACAAUUCGUGGAUUCAGGGAGAAAAGCUAUUUAGGGGAUUCACAGAGCAAACCCUGAGUGGAGCAUCAGGACCCCUAUCAUUUGAUAGCAAGGGAAACAGCAAAAUUGCUAAGUUUGAUGUAGUCAAUUUUGUUCAUCCAGGAUACUUCAACAAGAUAGGUAUAUGGGAAAGUGGCUUGCAAAUGCUUUACAAACAAAAUUCAGAUGUUGUUAGGUUUCUUGGUCAAGUGCACAGAGAUGAUGCUGAAGUACCAUCUGGCCUUCCAAACAGUCUGAAUGGGCAGCAUCUUAAAGUGGGUGUAACCUACAGUCCGCCGUUUGCCUUUCAAAAAGUGGGAGAAUGUGUAGGUAACGAUUGCUGGGAAGGAGUUUGUCCAGAGAUCAUAAAGGAUUUUGCUGCUCAAUUAAACUUCACAUAUGAGUUUAUAAUGCCUGAUGAUCGUAAGUUUGGAAGUUUGAAUAAGACUACUGAGAAGUGGAGUGGUCUGAUUGGUGACUUACUGGCACACAGGACUGACCUAAUAGCCAUUGACCUCUCUGUAAGCUACGAAAGGAAGGAAUACAUCGAUUUCACUGUUUCAUUUAUGGAUUCAGGAGUGAGUCUAGCGAUUAAAGGGGAAUCUGGUAAAAGCAACAUUUUCUUCUUUUUGGGACCAUUUGAUUGUAGUGUUUGGAUAUCGAUUGUUGGGGCAGUGUUCUUUGCAUCAGUUAUUCAAAACUUACUAAAUAAGUUGUCACCUUAUGGAACAUAUGGAAAACGAAUACAUGCAUUGCAGUCUUGUAAAUGCAGGAGAUGUGCUGAAAAGAGAGCACUGAAGUAUUACAGGGGGGUGCAAUUUAAAGAUCUAACAACAAGUGAUUGCUUGCUGGAUCAGGCAGAAGAACAGGGCCCUGAGACCUCGGACAUGACAUUCUACAACUCUCUGUGGGUGAUUGGAGCUGGUUAUGUAGGUCAAGGGGGCCAAUCGUUACCUGAAAGUCCAUCAGGAAGGUUCUUUCUCUUCACAUGGUGGUUCUUUGUGAUGAUGAUUGUGUGCAUGUAUACUGCUAAUCUAACUGCAUUCAUGACGCUCGGCAAAAUGGGUGUUUCAAUAGACUCAGCAAAAGGGCUAAUCUCACAAGAUAAGUAUUCAUGGGGUAUAGUGGAUCAUAGUUUCUUGGAAUACCUUCUUCAAAACAAUGUUGAUCCAGAGUACAGGAUACUCCUCCAAGGUGCAGAAAAACUGUCAGGUGUUGCUGAGGGUAUAAUGAGACUUCAUGAUGGACAUUUUGCAUUUAUUGACGAAACUGUAGGCAUGAAGUAUUAUACUAAGGGGAUCUGUGAUGUCUACAGAGUGCAGACGGAAUUUCAAACAUUUGACUAUGCUUUUGGACUGCCGAAAAAUUCACCCUACUUGAGUCUUUGGAAUGGGCUGAUUUUGAAAAAGAGAGAAGAAGCUUAUUUUUCAGAUCUUUGGAAGAGAUAUAAUGAUGCUGCAGGAUCUAAUCAUUGUGAAAAUGAAAUUGGAAGAAAUGAAAGUCUUCAACUGAUGACACUGAAAGGCAUAUUUUACUUCCUGGGGAUGGGUCUCUUAAUAAGUACUCUUCUCAUUGCAAUAGAAUAUGCAGUUGCCACAGCCUCUGACAGAUCUGAUAUGAAACAUAAAACAUUUUGCUCAAAGUUAAUGAGACGGUUGCAAUUGAAACUUGAUGAUAUAAAUUCAGAAUGGCUUAAUUAUAAGACAGAAGAGAUAGAAGCCAACGGAUGGGCUUGCAAGCUCCAGACAGUAGAAGUGGGAGCUCGAGGCAUUUACAACUAUAGCCUCCCAACCUUUAUGAACCACCUGAACGUAAACAACAAAGAGAAGAAGAAGGCCUGCAUGAAGAUCGCUGAGAUCAGCCUGAGGGCAUCGUAUACCAUCUAUUUGUCCAGAAACAAUACCAUAUGGACAGAUGAUUGGGAGUUAGUCAAGAGACCAGUAAUAGCAUAG